UCUCUGUUCUCUUCAUUGCCUACGUUUUGUUUCUCUCUCCUAUUCUGCAUUUCUUGUUUUCAUUCGGACUUUCUUUAUUUUUUUCCCUUUAUAAUCUGUCCUAACCUUUCUAUUAUUUUUUCAAAUCCCGCCUUAUUCCCCUUCUUUUUCUUGCUUUCAACACCCUUUCUUUUCUCUUUCGCAACACUUUCUCAGAAUCCCUCAAAAUAGAGGAAAAAGAAAGCGUUCAAAGCUCAUCACGAAUGAAGAAGAUUGUGCUGAAGCUGGAUUUGCAUGAUGACAAAGCCAAGCACAGGGCUUUCAAAACAGUCUCAACUCUUUCAGGAAUUGAUUCCAUUGCCAUGGAUAUGAAAGCCAAGCAAUUGACGGUGAUCGGAACGGUUGAUGCUGUGAAUGUGGUGAGCAAAUUACGCAAGAACUGGUCGACCAGUAUAGUAUCGGUCGGGCCAGCGAAGGAGCCGGAGAAGGAAGAACCAAAGAAGGAGGAGCCAAAGAAGGAAGAACCAAAGAAAGAAGAGGAACCCAAGAAAGAAGAGGAGCCGAAGAAGGAAGAGGAACCGAAGAAGGAAGAGGAACCGAAGAAGGAAGAGGAGCCGAAGAAGGAAGAAGAACCGAAGAAGGAAGAAGAACCGAAGAAGGAAGAGGAGCCUAGGAAAGAAGAAGAAGCUAAGAAAGAGGAGGAGAAGAAGGAAGAGGAGCAACAGCUGCAGCCGCAGCCACCGGUGGACCCGGUUUUGGAGCUUGUCAAGGCCUACAGAGCAUACAAUCCACAGAUGACCACUUCUUACUAUGUUCAAAGCAUUGAAGAGAAUCCAAAUGCUUGUGUUAUUUGUUAAAGGCGAACCAAGGAAAAGAAAGAGUGUGUGUAUAUAGAUGGAUGGUGAUGGUGCGCCUUGGUAAUGUAAUCCAUUUUGGUUUUAAUGUAUUAGUUAAGGUGUUGUAGAGUGAAUAAAUGGAAACUUUGAA